UGCCUGUUGCUGUUGCACUACAAGACGCUGUCAGAGAAGCAGCUGAGGUCUGCACGAAUGUGGGAGAGUAAAAUGUUCAGCAAGGACUCUGAUCGUGUAAAACUGUGGAGUCUGAGCAGAUAGGAGGACGGAGACUCUCAGCCGUGUGAGAAGUUUGAUAAGCUUUGGAAAUGAACAGCUGCCAAGUUUGGGACUUGAAGAUGUGGGCGUUGGUGGGAAUAGUCUGUCUGUGCCACUGCGUCUUUGGACAGCUGUUUGACACGAAGCUCAAAGGAGCUCCGCGGCUGAUCUGCAGCGUCCCCGGGUCACCAGGCCUGCCCGGCAAACCGGGCCUCAGCGGGCCCCCAGGAGCAGAUGGGAAUGUGGGUAUCCCAGGAAGAGAUGGCAGAGAUGGCAGGAAGGGUGAAAAGGGAGAAAAGGGAGACACAGGGCUGAAAGGCAGGGUUGGCCCUACAGGCAAGAUCGGAGAGCGAGGUGACCGAGGCCCGGCGGGGAAACGAGGCCCUACAGGAGAGAACGGAGAUGUGGGUCCGGUCGGUUCUGUAGGCCAUGACGGACAGAAAGGAGACAAGGGGGAACGAGGGCUGCCUGGAACUGCAGGAAUUUGCAAAUGUGGCAGCCUGCUGCCUAAAUCUGCCUUCUCUGUAGGAAUCACCAGCAGCUACCCUACAGAGAAGACUCCCAUCAAGUUCAACAAGGUUCUCUUUAACGAAGGCGGACAUUACAACCCACAGACGGGCAAGUUCAUCUGUGCAUACCCGGGCAUUUAUUACUUCUCAUAUGACAUUACACUGGCCAACAAACAUCUGGCCAUUGGUCUGGUGCAGAACGGUCAGUAUCGCAUCAAAACCUUUGACGCCAACACAGGAAACCAUGAUGUGGCUUCUGGGUCCACUGUCAUGUACCUCAACCCUGAAGAUGAAGUGUGGUUGGAAAUCUUCUUCCAUGACCAGAACGGAUUAUUUGCAGACCCUGGCUGGGCCGACAGCCUGUUCUCUGGCUUCCUCCUGUAUGCGGACACAAACUACUUCGACACACUGGCAGAGGACUACGCAUAGAAGCUGCAAAACACAAAACAAAAACUGCAAAUCACUGUUGUCGGAUAGGUUUAUUACAUGUAUUGUAAGGUCAAACUAUAUUUUUAUACAAAUGUUUGUACUGCUAGUUAUAUUAUUGGUAUAGAGUCUUAUCUAUUGAUCUGAAAUGAUAUUAUCUGAUAAAGCUUGAAUAACUUUUUGAUUUAUAUGUUUUGUGUAUAAUAACUUAAAUAAACAUUGA